CGAACAAAAAAUCAAGAGCUAUAGAGAAGCUCACGUAAUUUCCUGAAUGAAAUAUGCUACUAGUAUAAUAUUGUCGGGCCCCGCGGUUGCACGAGCCUAUCUAAUCUGGUUCAUAUAAAAUGCCAAACAGUUGAUAUCUUUCCCUCCAAGGCAGAAUGAGCUUAACAGUCUCUGAAACUUCAAAAAAUUUCCCUUGAGAAACUCGCGAAUUCUGUACAAAAUCUGCACUCCAUAGCUCUGCUCAUUGAGUUUUCUGCGAAAAUGGAAGAGUAUUUGCAGUGCAUGAAGACUCUGCGCACUCAAAUGAAUGAUGUGGAGGAUGAAGCAGUUAAGAUAACAGCCGAGGAGCAAAUGCAAAUCACUACUCUGCAAAAUCUCGAAAAUGAAAUUAACUCAGUGAAAUGUCAGUCAAGCCAUCUCAGAGAGGAAAUUGCCAGGAUAUUGGAGAAAAAGGGGCAGAUCUGUUCCAUGAUUUUGGAAAAACAAAGAAAAAUUGCUACUUUAGGAGCUGAUUCAUCCACCCUCAACCAGACAUCGGAGCUCCUUCAACAAGAAAGACACAACCUGUCAGCAAAACUUCUACAGAAAAGUGACUAUUAUGCUAAAACUGUUAAAGAAGUAACUGCUCAGCUCAGAGAACAGCAGGGUUGGUUCAAAGAUUGCAAACAGAACUUGUGGGCUGGAGAGAAUGGCCAGGCGACGGACAAAAUUGGUGAGGAAACUGGUGAAAUUGAAGAGAAUCAGGAUAAUGCGGAAGAAAUUCUAAAGAUGAAUUUGGCAGACGCUAAAACAAAGCUAAACCAGAUGAGUGAGCUGAAGUUCAAACUUGUCACAGAGAACAGCCAGGUAAGGAGAUGUAUUGAGCUUCUGAAGUCAAAGAUGAAUGAUUUCAAGGAACAGCUCAGGGAAAUGGAUAGCGAAUCCUUACAAGAGGAGUACCAAGCACUUCUCUCAGACAAAGCUGGAGAGGCAGAGUAUCUGCACUCUUUACAACUCCAGAUUGCAAAAUUGAUGAAAAUUUCCCACAGUAUCAAAUGUUCUUGUGGAAAGGAGUUCAAGAUAGACUUGGAUCUUUGUGGAUGAAAAUGACCAGGGUCAGGCAAGUACUUCAACUAGCAACACAUUCAAGCAUGUGCAGACUUCAUGAGAUAAAUUGGACAAUGAUGGUGUUUUCUGUAGUAUAUAGUAUACUAAAAUUGAAGAUUAUCAAAAUGCAAUCCUCUAAUAGAUAUCGGAUAAAACUAGUUGUUAUAUGCGUUCAGUGUGUUUUGAACUCUUGUUAAACUAUGAACUUGUAUAUGUCACUUGAUAUUUGUACAAAGUAUAAGAUUGAAACCCAAA